GAUUUUACUUCCUUUGAAAGCAGAGAGUUUGGACAAAUUUCAAGACAGAAAGGAUCUGGAUAAGCAACCUUUACCAAACAACUUGUAAAAAAAUAGCCAUGCAAAGAACAUUAUACGAGUAUAUAUAGAUAGUCUUAUUACUAGAAUAUCUUUGAGAAAAACAAUUUAGUCGAAAAUAAUUGUAUAGUGAAAGUUGGGUAAAAAUUUAUAUGGUGAAAUCUAAAACUAUCAAAAUAUGAUAACUGACAUUAUUAACGUUUAGAAACUUGAAGAUGGCCUUAGAAAAGAUGAACUUAUCAAAACAUUUAAAGACUUAAACAUAUAUAAUGACGCCAGCGAUUAAUUCUAAUAUGACGUCAGUGUGCAAUGACACCAAUGGAAUAUGCUCUACGGAGAAGACGGAAAAUACCGAAGUAUGGCGAACUCUUAUGGCGGUUUAUUUGGGCGCCAUUUUGUUUAUAUCGUUAGCGUUUAAUGGAACUUUAUGUCUGAUGUUCUACAAAAAGUCACAUUUGUUGAGUGUCUCCAACUGUUUCGUCUUGAAUUUGAUAUGCUGCCAACUUUUAACGUCUUUGCUGGUUCUACCAUUUAGUCUUUUUGCUGUGGUGUCACAAGACUGGAUCUACAGUGGACACUGGUGUGAGAUACAGGGUUUCUUCUUUACUACAGUGGUCGUUGCCCAGCAACUUGCUCUUCUUAUCAUCUCCAUUGACCGUAACUACGCCAUCAUGAACUCUUUGCGUUACCCGAACAUUUUCACACAGACGCUUUGUUCAAUUUUAAUCGCAAUCUCAUGGACGCUUGCUGUCAUUAUUAGUAUUCCGCCAUUACUAAGUUCCGGAAUGGGAAACUAUAGUUUUCAUCGAAGCCAGUUUCUUUGUGGCAUUGAUUGGGCUACGGAUGUUACAUUUCUAGUCGUUUUUAGCAUGGUGACGUUCGCGAUACCGGUUCUCAUUCAAAGUUUUUGCUAUGUAAAGAUCUUCAUUGCCGCUGUAGGACAUUCCAAAAGAACUUCUAAAGUAAACCCUUUGCCAUGCAGACCUUCUCGCACUACUAGUGAAAUGCGGAGUGAUUCAAGCGCUGGAAGUAGUGAAAUCACCGAAGAAAUUUACCGUAGUUCAGCUGAAUGCAAAGCUGUUAGGACUAUUUUGAUAAUUGCUCUGGCAUAUAGUGUAUGCUGGUUGCCCUAUUUCCUGGACUCAUUUCUAACUUUAAGGCAAAACAAAACGAAUCCAAACUUCAGUGCUGCCGCAAUAUGUUGCCUUUUUUCGAGCAGCAUUUUAAACCCAAUGAUUUACGCCUACAUGAAUAGAGUUACACGCCGUGAAAUCGGGAGAUUUGUUUGUGGGAACUCUGGCAUGACAGAUCCGGAAGAUGCAGGUUCAACUAGCAUGAGUGCGUAUUCGUCUGUUUGGGGUCAUAACAGAGUUAGAUCAAAAAGUAACGGCGCAGUACCAAAUGAAAUGGAUACAAUUGCUGAAGAAGGGGAAGUUGAUGAAAGUGUAUUUUGUCAAUCUCAUUCUCGAGCGAAUCGUGUGGACAUUUUAUCACAUAACUCCAGGAUGCCUCCAGAAUCUCAAAGCAAAGAUCAUGUACAAUUGAAGGAAAAAAUAACGUUCACUGGUAGCAACUGUGUUAUUGAAAGAGAAGAAAAUCAUGAAACUGAAUAUAACAUUCCACGCAUUGCUGUAACAGAUGCAUCGGGAAGUGACUUAGAAAUAAAAGGAAAAUACCCCAGAGAUUCUUCUUGGAAAAGAGUCAAAACUGAGUUGCGUAAGUCAUCGAAAUCAAACGAGUCGUACUUUUCAAAAGAAAAGAGACGCAAAAGAAGAGAUUGUGGCUCAUUUCUGUAUUUUAAUAAUUGCGACGAUCAACCAGGAACAAAAACCUCUAGGAAUCGAGAAAAACGACGACCUCAAAGGUUUUCAGUUGAUCACGUGCAAAACAUUUCCGUUGGAAAAUUCCCAAGCUACAUGAAGUUUCGUUUGUCUUUAAAUGAUACUGAACUACAUAAUGUAGAUAAAUUCAUGGUAGAGUCAAAGAUCAAACUUGAAAAUUCAGCUUGUAGUAAUAACUGUGCAAAAGAUAUUAUGAUAAUGCCAAAGAAAAAAUCUAAUCGAUCAACGACAACUGAAUUACAAUCAACUUCUAAAUCAGAUAACUCUGGGAGACUAAACAAUACAGUAAACUAGUAAGUAACAACAAAGCACUAAUGGAAGCUGGUGAUAAUAUAACUACAAGUUAUGAAAAUGGGCUUGGAACUGAAACUUGCUCAGCACAAGUUGAAAUGUUCCAAACAAAAGUUACACAUUUACGACCAAAUUCGGCUCCAGCGAAACUAUCCAAAACACAGACUAACAAAAGAGAUGUUGUUAUUCCACGAUGUACACAAUCAAGUUCACAUCUUUCAAAGAUGUCUGAGCAGGUUGGUGACUCAAAAGAAGAAAAAGAGUAAAUGAAAACAAUACGAUGAUUAACUCAAAAUUUUGACUUUCAACACUUGACACACCAAAUAUCUUCAAUGGACUCGUCCAUCUUAAUCAUUUUUAAGGAAACACUUUCAUGAAUAGUGAACACGGAUGUGCCGGCUGACGUGGUCUGCACUAUAUGCAUGGGUAAAUUCUGUAGGCUGCCACCAUCGGGAUAUGGUUAAAACUAGUUUGAUCUUGAAAGUGUCAUCAACAUCGAAUAGAGGAGUCUGGAAUAUUUAUUAC